UCAAAAGUUCCCGCUGAUUUUGUUCCUGCGAAUAAGAAAAUUGUUGUCUGCUAUGCAUGGUGAUGGUGUACACAAAUCGCAUGGUGCAACUCAUUUCAACUUAUCACAAAGCGUCUUGAUACUAUGGUGGUAUCUCAAUUGCUGCAUUCGAAUUGAUAAAAGUCAACAUUUGGAGAUAAUAUCGUCACCAAUAUAUUUUGAAAAUCACAUCAUCGCUAACAUGACUUCUUUGGUGUAUGCUGGUCUUGGAAUGGCAGCAAUCGGUAUGAUUGGGCGCUACGCGAUCAGAUCAGGACUGUCCAAAAAGAUAGCUUCCAUUCAAAUUGAUACUAUUGGCUCAAAAUAUUAUAAGGGUGGAUUCGAUCCAAAGAUGACAAGAAGAGAAGCUUCACUCAUUCUGGGAGUAUCCCCAACAGCCAGUAAAUUAAAAAUUAAGGAUGCUCACAAGCGCAUUAUGAUAGUCAACCACCCUGAUCGUGGUGGAUCCCCAUAUUUGGCUGCAAAAAUAAAUGAGGCUAAAGAUCUUUUAGACAGCCAGAAGUAAUAAAUGAAAGAAUCUAAUGUUAUAUUGAAAACUUGUAAAUGCUGUAUAUAAUCAAUUAUUUUUUUCUAGUGUUAGAGGAAUUGUUUAAGCGUCCACAUUCAUUUCGUUUCAAAAUAAAAAUAGAAAAAUGGU